AUGAUCCCCGACUUAUUAGAGAAUGCGAUUUCAUCUAGUGACUCAAUAAAUUUUGUUUUGUCAAUAGGUGGGGUAGCAGUAUUUUUCCCUUCCUUUGAAUAUCUCGCGAUGGUAUGGAAUCAUUGGAAAUCCACUGGCCUAUUUGCGCGUCUACAUGCAGUGAAACCGGUGUUCAAGGAACCACGUACUGCUACAGCUCUGGCAGAGAUAAUGCAGGCCUACACGAAGGCGGUUUCUAAAAAGCGGGGAGCUUGUAUUGCCUGUGUUAUUGGGGGGAAAUUGUCUGAAGGAAUCAACUUCACUGAUGACCUUGCUCGAGCUGUGGUCAUCAUCGGUCUUCCAUAUCCAAACGUUUAUUCUGCCUUUAUGAAAGAGAAGUUGAACUAUCUUGAGAAACAUUUUGGAAAUCGAAGCGGUGGCCAACGUUUUUGUGAAGCACUUUGCAUGCGUUCUGUGAACCAGGCAAUCGGACGUUCAAUUCGACAUGCAAAAGACUAUGCAGUUGUCUUUCUAAUGGAUCAACGUUUCAUUAAUAAUCGACGUCUGCGUCAACUAUUACCAUCGUGGGCCCAGAAUGCCCUCAAACCACUUCCUUCUCAGCUUGAGACUUUGAAGCAGGAAAUGAUAGCAUUUUUCGCAAGAACUUCAAUUGAUGCUAAUUAG